GUCCACUUCGUCUUGUUUCUCUCGCGAUCAUCGACCAUGGCCGUGACAAAGCCGCGUCGGGCGCGUGGCCCUUCCCCGCUCCUCAAGUCCUACCUGCUGGCCUUCAACGCCCUCUCUGCCCUUCUGUGGGCGCGCCUCCUCUUCCUGACCCUCUGGUUCAUCUGCACGCCGCGCACGACGCCGGCGCACCGCACGGUGUUCGGCCAGGCCGCGUCGGGCCAGCAGCCGUGGGCCGGCGUCGCGGCCCUCGCGGACCACCUGAGCGGGGGAUACUCGUUCCACGGCCUCGGCGAGGCGACGAAAUGGACGCAGACGCUCGCGGUGCUGGAGGUCGUGCACGCUGCACUGGGAUGGGUCCGCUCGCCCGUCGGCACCGUCGCGAGCCAAGUCGCGAGCCGGCUGUGGGCCGUGUGGGGCGUCGUUGAGCCCGUCGCUUCGGCCCGCUCCAACCCCCUCUUAGCGACCAUGCUCCUCGCAUGGAGCGUGACCGAGGUGAUCCGGUACACGUUCUACUUCCUCGCCCUCCUCAACAUCGAGCUCUACCCACUCAACUGGUGCCGCUACACCUUCUUCCUGCUGCUGUACCCGCUCGGCGCGGGCUCCGAGGCCUUCCUGAGCUUCAGCACGCUCCCGCCGCUCCGCACGCUGCCGUACGUCCCCAAGCUCCUCGGGACCAUGCACGGCCUGCUACACUCGAUGCCCGCGCAGUUCAGCCGCGCGCUCAUGAAGACGCAUCCCGGCCGCGCGCUGCUGUGGUCUGUUGCACGCGCGCGCGCCGCCAAGAGCGCUGGCGGCGUGUGGACGCCCAUCGAGGUGGCACGCCUCGUGCUUUUCGUUAUUUGGUGGCCUGGCCUCUACAUCCUUUACACGUACAUGCUCAAGCAGCGGCGCAAGUUCUUCUCGAAGAGCAAGACUGUCGGCGGCGCCAACAAGGCUAAUUAGUCGCCUCACACCUGUCGACAAGCGGAUCUGAUCGUUUGGUGGCCGAUUGUAGCACCCAAUCUGUCGUAGUAACUGACGAUACAUGCUACUAAGCAUCACAGAAU